GGGGCCCCUCACCUUUCGGCAUGAGGUUCACCACGACGCUCGCCUGCAUGAUGGACCUGCAUUACUACCCUCUUGACUCCCAGAACUGCACCGUCGAGAUCGAGAGCUACGGCUACACAGACACCGACGUCGUGAUGUACUGGAUGGACGUCCCCGUGGUGGGGGUGGAGGAGGCGGAGCUGCCCCAGUUCACCAUCAUGGGCUACGAGGCUAACGGCCGGAUAGAGGAACUGGCGACGGGCGUGUACCGGAGGCUCUCCAUCAGCUUCAACCUGCAGAGGAACAUCGGCUACUUCGUGUUCCAGACUUACCUGCCCAGCAUUCUGAUCGUCAUGCUCUCCUGGGUCUCGUUCUGGAUCAACCACGAAGCCACGUCGGCCAGGGUGGCGCUCGGCAUCACCACCGUGCUCACGAUGACCACCAUCAGCACGGGCGUCCGGUCCUCGCUGCCGCGCAUCUCGUACGUGAAGGCCAUUGACAUCUACCUCGUGAUGUGCUUCGUGUUCGUGUUCGCCGCCCUCCUGGAGUACGCCGCCGUCAACUACACCUACUGGGGGCAGAGGGCGAAGAAGAAGACGAAGAAAAUGAAGGAGAGCAACGGGCAGAGCAAGCAGCAGCAGCCGCCGCACCCGCCCCCGCCGCCCCCGAUCAAGGUGGACGGGUUCACGCCCAACGAGGAGAUCAUCGAGCUGCAGGAUAUCAGGAUGUCACCCAUUCCUUCGAUAAGGCAGCGCCACAACUCCAAGUUCUUCUCGAGCGAGGGAUCGCUGCAGGACCUCAAGUUCCCGCCCUCCUUCAGGAUCAACCGCAACUACUCCUUCCCGACCCGGUCGAGUAUCCACGCCCCCAAAGGACCCAGCAGGAAGCGCGUCAUCUCCACGCUGAAGAAGGGUGCCUCCGCCAUCAAGGGCGCCAUGCCGGUGAUAAAGGACGUUAACGUGAUCGACAAAUACUCCCGCGUCGUGUUUCCUCUCUCCUUCAUCUUCUUCAACACAGUUUACUGGUGCUUUUACCUCCUCUAAGAGAUCGGGAACCAAGGGGAGAAGAGAAAGAAUUGGAAAUAAUGAGAUAUUCAAGAUAAAAAGAGAGAAAGAGAGAGGAAGGACGAGGAGAGAAAAUUGAGAGGGGGAUAAAAUGACCCGUGUUUCAAUUCCUCCCUCCCUCUUUUUUAUUCUGAUUUGAUUUCAAUUCUUUUUGUUUGUUUUCUGGUGAUAUUCUUUUCCCUUCUUCGGACUGGUCGGUUAAAGGCCGUGUGUGUUCGUGUGAAGGAGAUUACUGUACUUGGUAAUUACGUACAGUCUGUAUGUUGUGCAUGUAUAUAUCUAUAUGUAUAUCUAACAAUUAUAUCUAUGUCUGUUUAUCUGUCUAUAUGCAUCGAUAGAUACCCAUAUAGAUGGAUAGAUAGAUACAUGCAUAGAUAUAUACACGCACACAGAUAAAUACCGUUAUAUAUAUACAUAUAUUCAUAACCUCAUUUCCCACCUCACUGCCCCCGACUCCCUCCCCAUCCCCCUCUUCCCCCCUCCCCCCACCCGACCAGAUUAUCCAGUGAUAAUAAAUAUUAAAACAUAAAAGAUUCGCGCCCUGUAGCCAGCAAAAAAAUAAUAUAGAGAAAUAUAAAUGGCUGGGAAACUGUACCCUCCACUUUACAUAUACGAUCCCUGGUGUUGCUGAUAAUUACAGACCAGGGACAAACAUGUGAUAAUAAUAUAAAUGGAGCAAAAAAAAGG